UAAAGUGUUUGCUGCCGCCACUUCAAGCAUACCGCCAGCGAACGCUGCAAGGAGCUGUAGUUACCUUCUGUUGAACUCUUCGUGGUGUACUGAACGAUGACCAAACUCGUGCUGGUAGUACUGGGGGCGUUAGUGGCGUUGGCGGCUGCGAAGCACUUCGAGAAGUGCGAGCUGGUGCGGGAGCUGAGGAAGCAAGGCUUCCCCGAACCCCAGAUGAGAGACUGGGUGUGCCUGGUGGAGAAGGAGAGCGGUUUCCGCACGGACGCGAUCGGCAAGCUGAACGGCGAUAGCUCCUGGGACCACGGACUCUUCCAGGUCAACGACCGCUACUGGUGCACGCGCGACGGCCCGCCUGGCCUCGAGUGCAACGUCUCCUGCGCAGCGCUGCGCACGGACGACAUCACCGCGGCGGCGACCUGUGUGAAGAAGAUCUUCGCGCGCCACGGCUUCGGCGGCUGGACGGCCUGGAAGGCGCACUGCCAGGGCGCCAAGCCCGACAUUUCCAAAUGCUAG